AUGCAUCAGGACAAAGGCAGGAUUUAUUACGGCAGAUUUGUCCAAAGAGAAAAAUUAAGCUAAGGUAUGAUUUGAAUAAUCCUUUUAGGUUCUUUUGGAGUAGUUUAUAUUUGUCAUGAUAAAGUAACAAGAGAAUAUGUUGCUAUGAAAGUAGAGAAAGAAAAUAAAGAUUUAAUGAGUUUAGAACGAGAAAUUUAAAUUAUUGAAGAACUUAGAGGAAUAGCUGGUACUUUAAUUUUUAUUAGUUUAAGGUGUUCCAAAGUUAUAUUGGUAUGGAAAUGAGUAUAAUUAAAAUUGUAUGGCUAUGCAAUUACUUGGAAGAGACCUAGCUCAUUAUUAAAAGAAAUUUAAGAAACUCUCACUAAAAACAGUGUGUAACUUAGCUGAAUAAUUACUAACGAUUCUUGAAGAGAUUCAUAAAAGGUAUCAAAUCAAAAUAUUUAAGGGGUAUAAUUCAUAGGGAUAUAAAGCCAGAAAAUAUAUUGAUGGGAAGAGGAAAUGAUUCGCAGUAAGUUUACUUCGUUGAUUUUGGUAUAUCUAAGAAAUUUCGUAACAACAAUUAGCAUAUGUAAAAUUAUCCUUUAUGCAGUUCAUUCUAAGAAAACAAGUCGUUUAUUGGUACAACUAGAUAUGCAAGCAUUUCUGCUCAUAAGGGUUAUGAACUAUCUAGAAGGGAUGACCUAGAAAGUUUAGGAUACGUUUUCAUUUAUUUAUUAAGAGGUAUUGACUGAUCAUAUGUAUAUAGGGAAUUUACCAUGGUAGAACGUUGUAUCAUAAUCAGAUAAGGAAAAAACAAAACUAGUUGGCAAAUUCAAAAUGGAACUAGAAUUAAAAGAUUUAUGCAAAGGAUUACCCAAUGAAUUUCAAAGAUAUUUAGACUAUGUUUACAAAUUAAAGUUCACAUCUACCCCAGACUAUUAAUAUUUAUUAGGUUUAAUUUAAAAAGUAGGUCAACAGAACAAUAUUAGUUUUGAUAGAAAAUUUGAUUGGAUGGAUAAUCAAACUAGUUCUACAAAAUCUUCAGAUUAAGCUUAAUAAUCAUUUAAUGAUAUUGAUGUAUCAAACUUAUAAAGUGACUAUCUCAAAUUACCAGAUUUGAAAAAAAGUGAAAGACGAAAAUCUUAUCAAAUGGAUUAAAGUUCUUAAUAAUCCUCAGUGGUUCUCAAUUAUGCUCCUUCAAUUGUAUCAAAAGGAAAUAGUAGAAAUUUUUAGAGAUCUCGAUAAAAUUCGAAAUAAUCUUAUUCCAGAGAAUCUUCAUUAAUAAAAUAACCUUUGGAGUCAAAGUUUCAAGGACCAUUAUUUCAAAAUAGAGAAUUUCGAGAUUUUGAUGAUAUUGAAAAUAAAGAAAAAAUCAAUCCAAUCAAAUUUUCCGAUUUUGAUGAUUUGGAUGAUGAGAUGAAUGAUGAUAGACAAAUUCCUCAAGGGUUUGGAAAUAUACAGGUUCAUUUUAAAGAGCAUUUAUCUAAAUAAUGA